AUGAUAACGAACACACCAUCUCGUAAGCCACUUGUUUUCGAGGAGAUCCCUGACGUACUGCCAUCAGACGUGUCGAAGAAGAAGAAGAUCACGAAGUUAGAAAAAAGAAAGAAGAAGGAAGAGAAAGCGAGACCGUCAGACAUUGGAAUUCCAGCCGUUGAAGAAUCGCCGGUCAAGCAUUCUUCAGAAUUGCAUGUCGGUCGAUUCGCUGGAAAAUUGGCAAUAGGAACAUAUCAGGAAGGUGGAAAGGGUGGUCGAAAAUCCGCCAGGAUGACCAUUCAGGAACAACUGCAUAAAGCAACACUACGCACCAAGCUAAGCGCAGAAGCUUCAAAACUCCUUCAACUCAGUCAAAGGGAGAGAUGGGAGGAACCUGUUGACAUAACACCAAAAUCCUUCUCGCUGUCGUUCCAGCAGAAACCCGACUCAAGAUGUGAAUCGGUUAGCUCUGGUACGAAGUCAAGUUUGCCUAGGAAAAAAGAUUCUAAACCUAAAAGCACUAUGAAAGAUCUAAAAGCGAUUUUUGCAAAAAAGUCAAAGGAACAUCUGGUGCCAAUACGAUUGAGCGGAGAGCACAAGGGUAAGAAGUCACGUCAAAACGUAAAAAAGCCACCCAGAGAAGCACCUUCCAGAGAAACUCAGGGUACUAAAGAGGCAGAUUGA